AAUUCUUUGAGCAUAGUCUUGAAAAUUACAGAGCACCUUUCCCAACUUAGCAUAGCUCCAUCAUGAUGCAAGCUGGCCUCCCUCAUCGUCUUCCCCGAUAACGUCGAGAGCGACGGAAUGUUAUCUCCUCCAAUUCGACCUCUCGGUUCCCAUAUCUUCAUCACCAAAGUCCCGGAGGUACCAUUGUGAAAUAAUGGCGAACUUCAAAAGCAUUUUCUUGUCCUUUUUCGUGGUCCUAGCCAUUGGCCUGGCUCUCGUCCAGGCCUCUGAGACCCGCGGCCCAAAGAUUACCAACAAGGUCUACUUCGAUAUCGAGCAUGGUGAUGAACCCCUAGGCAGAAUUGUCCUGGGAUUGUACGGCAAGACCGUUCCCAAGACUGCUGAGAACUUCCGUGCCCUUGCUACAGGUGAGAAGGGCUUCGGUUAUGAGGGAUCUACCUUCCACCGCGUUAUCAAGAACUUCAUGAUCCAGGGUGGUGACUUCACCCGCGGCGAUGGUACCGGCGGAAAGUCGAUCUACGGCGCCAAGUUCGAAGACGAGAACUUCAAGCUUAGGCACACUCGCAAGGGUCUUCUGAGCAUGGCCAACGCCGGCAAGGAUACCAACGGCUCCCAGUUCUUCAUCACCACCGUUGUCACCUCCUGGUUGGAUGGCCGUCACGUCGUCUUUGGUGAGGUCCUCGAGGGCUACGAGAUUGUCGAGAAGAUUGAGAACGUCGCCAAGGGUCCAGGCGAUAAGCCCGCGAAGACGGUCAAGAUCGUAAAGAGCGGCGAGCUCGAGAUGGAAGCCGAACCCAAGGAGGAGGCUGAAAACAAAGGUAGCCACGAGGAGCUCUGAGCGGGCUCCCCGCUCCGUGUUUGCUGCAUAAGAAAGCCCUAAUGUGCUGAUGCAGCAGCACCCUUUCCCAUCAGCUCCUACGGAUCUUCAUCAUCUUUCUUGCCCCGGCUUGCAAUUCUUGUGGUGGUGGUUGGCGUGAUUGUGUUCGUGGCCAAGAGCUACAAAAAGAACAAGCUCCGCAAAGAGGAGGA